UGAGGAACAAGGCUCAGCCAGUGUGGGCCCCCCCCUUCCUGGCACCCAUGGAGUUGAGCCACUGGAAAGUUCUGCCCAUGGUGAUGCCCUGACUUGAGAAGGCUGUGCUGAGUGCUUCAGAGAGUUGCCAGAAAUGCAUCUGCAGGGACACUCUUCUGCUGGCUUUGCCAAUUCUGAAGAGCCAUGUGUCCUCUCAGCCAACUGAAGGCUUAGAGUCGGUGUCCGUUUCUCCUGGCUGGACAGUGUCACGCUGGCCACUUUGGCUCACACCUCCAGGAUUAAAGUCUUGCGAAUCAUUACCGAAGGAAAACACGAACUUAACUUUUCUUAAGAAUCAGGGUUUUCCCGUGGAAACUGCUGGCCAGCCAAGUCCAGUCGUCUUCAUUCUUCAGAACAUUGGCUUAAAAGUGAAAUUGUCGUCAGUGUUCUGUUGACAUAUUUUCCUAGAAUACAGAGCGCGUUGUGUGUCGAGUAUGGUGUGUUACGUGCAUGGUGCAGGCGCCUGGUGUACGUACCCACGUGCCCAUCAGGGUUGCCCUCUCUUUGUCCCCUGGACUGAGAAGCCAUUGUGUUGUGUCACCUCUAGGUUGACAUCAUGGACAUCUGUGAGUCGAUCCUGGAGAGGAAGAGGCAUGAUAGCGAAAGGUCUACCUGCAGCAUCUUAGAGCAGAAUGACAUCGAAGCAGUUGAGGCUCUUGUUUGCAUGAGCUCCUGGGGUCAAAGAUCCCAGAAAGGUGACCUAUUAAAGAUAAGACCCCUCACCCCUGUCUCUGACCCUGGGGAUGUCACCAGCACGGUGCAUGUGGAUGCAGCCGCAUCUGAGCUACCAAAGGACUUCGACUCUUUAUCGACUCUGUGCAUGACUCCUCCUCAGAGCCCUGAUCUUGUGGAGCCAUCGACAGGGACACUUGUUCCUUCUCAAGUAACUGAUUCCAAAGCAUGCAUGGUCAUGACCAUCCACCCAGCCUCCGCUGGGGCCGCCAAAGUGCUGAGCAGGAAGGCGGAGAGGGGCCUUCCUGGUUCGAAGCUAGAGCCACUGGAGCCAGCCCCCAGCCCCCCCUGCAGGCCCAUGGUGACAAGUGUCAUCCGCCACACUGGGGGGAAUCCUGCUCCUGGCCACAUUCCUACUGCCCAGAUUCAAGAAUGCCAACUUCCCGUUAACAGAGGAGAAGCACAGAUUUUGGGACAUACUGAAGCUUUGCUGGACACACAACUCACAGAUAAUCUACUGACCACUAACUCAGUGUCGUGUCAGCCUUGCUUGCACAAGUCUGGUGGCCUGAUCCCCAUUGACAAAGGCCAGCAGGCAGGGUGGCCUGUUGCAAUUCAAACCUGCUUACCAAAGAAUUAUGAAAGUGACUUACCAAGGAAAGCCACCCCUCUGAUUUCUGUCCCUGUCCCCAGUUCUCCUGUCUUUUGCCAAAUGAUCCCUGUGACUGGACAGAGUGGCAUGUUACCAGCUUUUUUGAAGCCUCCUCCCCAAGUGUCUGCAGGGACUGUCAAACCCAUCCUGCCCCAUGCUGCUCCCGUGCCCCAGCCUGUGUUCGUGGGACCGCCUGUGCCUCAGGGAGCUGUGAUGCUGGUCCUGCCCCAGGCGACCCUCCCCCAGCCUGCCACCUCUUCAUCCAGUGUCGUGGCUGUGGGCAAUACCAAGUUCUUGCCCCUUGCGCCUGCCCCCGUCUUCAUUGCCUCCGGUCAAAACUGUGCCCCUCAGGUAGACUUUUCCCGAAGGAGAAAUUAUGUUUGCAACUUCCCAGGCUGCCGGAAAACCUACUUCAAAAGUUCCCACCUCAAGGCUCACCUUCGCACCCACACAGGAGAGAAGCCUUUUAACUGUAACUGGGAUGGCUGUGAUAAAAAAUUUGCUCGUUCUGAUGAACUCUCUCGCCACCGCAGAACUCACACUGGGGAGAAGAAGUUUGUGUGCCCCGUGUGUGAUCGGCGUUUCAUGCGCAGUGACCACCUGACAAAGCAUGCCCGGCGCCACAUGACUACCAAGAAGAUCCCUGGCUGGCAGGCAGAGGUUGGCAAACUGAACAGAAUCGCCUCAGCAGAGAGACCCGGGAGCCCACUUGUGAGCAUGCCAGCCUCUGCAUGAAAGGUCAGCCAGGGACUUGCCCAUGGGAAUUUUAAAAAGCAUUUUUCAGGAAUGGAACUGAUGGUUUUCUCUCCCAAAAAAAAAAGAAAAAUUGUUUUAGGGAGUAGGAGAAAGUGGGGAGCUGGUUCUGAUGAAAGUAUGUUAACUUUUCCUUUUUGGUUGGGACCCUGUUCAAAAUCUUGUAGUUUCAGAAGUUUUUUUGAGGAAAUGGAAGAAAAUUUGAUCAUCUGAAUCACCAGCAUUCAAACCGACAUUUCGGCAAUAAAGUUUACAAAAUCUGGGUUUUUACAACCUUUCUAUCCAUGUUUUGUAGAACUGAGACAGGGUACUAAUUUUUAUACUGUUUUUUAUUAAAGUAUUUAUAUUGUUGGUGUUCAAAUCACCAAUUUCUAGAUAGGUGAUUUUACAGUCUUCUUUUCAGUGUUCAGCAAUGGUUUUCAUAAUAACUCUACAUUUAGUAAAUUUGGCACAUUAUUCAGCCACAAAAAAAAAACAAAACAAAAAAACAAAACUGCAAGUCUGUCAUCAGGGCUUUUAGAUCUAAGAAUUUUUUAGAACCAGAACUAGUUGAAUAGAGGCUUCUUAAAUGGGGCGGUGGGGGGUGGGGAGAGAAGAACUUGCAUUUAGCUUUUUCAUAGCAUUUUCAAGAGAAAUUCCAGGCAACAAUUCCUUUAAGGCUGUAGCCCAAGGAAUUAAAAUUUUGGUUAAGUAGAACUAGUCAUUUACCUGUGUCCAUGGUGUGACUUGUAAAGAAUGUACCCCAGAGGAUGUUUAAAAUACCUGAUAGAUACCCAGUGAACAGUGAGCUGUAGGAUCUGAGUGUCUGUGUCUUUGGGGGCCAUUGCUCUGCUGAGAGCAACCUAACUCAGUUUCCUGUUUGUACCUCAAACACCAAAAAAAGAUAACGUAAGCACUCAAACCCAGCCACUUUGUUAAUUGUCUGUUGACUUCUUUUGCUGUGGCCUUAUAGUAUUUUGUGAGUAGAAGAACUUCUUAGAGAAGAAGAAAAAGUCCUUAUUAGUUGGAGGAACUUUCCACCAAAGUACAGUUUAUCUGAGGUGAAGUGUACAUGCAAACAGUCCAGCUCCAAUAUUCUGAUUCCCCUAAUUAUUAAAUAUUAAGAACUGCAGGAAAUGCAAGUUAGACUUAAGGCAGUAAUACUACUGUGCUUUCUUUUCAUUCAUUUUACUUGAAGGGAGUUGAUCUAACUGAAUUACUUGGAAUGGGGUGUUUUGCAGUGUGCUUAGAAAAUAGACCCAUGGCACCACUUUGAAUCCGUGUGAUCUCAGGUCCUAAUUCUCCAGAGACGGCGGCGCUGGGGUCCGGGAAGCCACUGAGCUUGCUUGUGCUGGGUGGCGUCGGGAAUCCAGGCGACACGAUGCAUGCAAGGAACAUAGGAAUGUUGCACUGCUUUGUGAGCCUGGGGAUGGGUUUUUUUUUGUGUAUGUAUGCCAUGUGUAUUUAGAUUUUUGUCUUCGUCUCUUUGUUACUGGCAUUUACUUUUAUUAAAAUGAUGGUAUGGUGAAAUACUGAUUAAAUAUGAUUAGGUUUUAUGUUUGGGUCCUCUAGUCUGAUAAUCGUCACCUGGUCAGUCACUGGAUGUUACUUGAUACCCAGUAAGUUGCCCUUUGGUAUCAACUGCUCAGUGACCUACACGUCCGAGUGCUGGCUGUAUGUUUAGGUGGCGUUCAUAUUUUUGGACCCUUCAUAGUUGAGUAUUCCUGCAGCUCAUGAGACAAUACUGUUGCAGGAGAACCGUAAUUAAAUGUAUAUAGCUCAUGCUUCCCCACCACCCAGUCUCUUCUCCCGCUUCCAUCUUAAAUCAACAUAAACAUUUCUGACUAUGUAUAUGCCGUUAAGUGGCAUUAAAUUUGGAUAUUUUUCUUAAUUACGCAAAAUACUGGAAGUCCGACUCAUGCUCUGGUGGAUAAUUGGAUGGUGGUGAGUAUUGGAUUACUUGUCACAUUAAAGUUUAUUCUCUGAGCAGUGUCGUUUCUAAAGAAUAGAUGGGUUAAAAUGGUUUUGAUUUAUACUUCCAUUUCCUGAUUAGAUUUAGAAAUACCUUCUGUAAACGACAUUUUUUCUGCCCCCCUCUGUUUGUUGACUGAAAGACUGUAAGUUGGGAGAGUGUCCAUCUGAAAAACACUCUCCUGAGAACCAGAAACCCUGGGGUUCUCAGCGUGGAGGCCCCCGGCUGGCGGCUCUGAGCGUCGGGAGCGGAGCACGCCGCGGCCUCCCCCGGUGCACUUUAUUGCUGAGCAAUUUUGCUUGAUCUUUUUUUGACUUUGAGCCUUUUUAAGUAGUUUCAGUAAUAAAAUUUAAAAUGUUUUGGAAUUAUGUUUUAUGUAACAGACUUGGACUUAUUAUUUAAAUGAAUAUGUGUGAUGUAACUUUUUUCUUUGAAUCCUAUAAAACUUUUUUGAUUUGCAAACUGGA